AUGCCUGGAAAGAUAGUCUCCCCAGAAGAAUGGCUUACAGCCCGCAAAGAUCUCCUAGAGAAGGAGAAAGCCGCAACGAAAGCCAGUGACCAGUUCACCACAGCAUUCAAGGGCUUUCCAAUGGUCAAGCUUGCUAAGCAGUACACCUUUGACGGUCCCAAUGGCAAGAUCACAUUGCCAGACCUCUUUGAGGGUCGCAAGCAACUCAUAGUCUACCACUUCAUGCUUGGCCCCGACGAUGCUGCUGGCUGCGAAGGCUGCAGCUUCCUCACCGACAACUUGCCUUCAUCCUUGGCUCACUUGCACGCCCGCAAUACGUCUUUGGUGCUCAUAUCUCGUGCUCCACUGGAGAAAAUCGAAAGCUUCAAGAAGCGAAUGGGAUGGAACUUCCCCUGGUACUCUUCUUCCGAAUCAGACUUCAAUUAUGACUUCCAUGCGACACUGGAUGGAAGCAAUUCCUCCACACAAUACAACUUCAAAGAGUCAGCACCUGACGUGAAGGGGGAGCGUCCUGGUAUGAGCAUCUUCUAUAAAGAAGGCGCCGAGCUUUAUCAUUCGUACUCGGCAUACUCAAGAGGGCUUGACCAUCUCCUGGUGACUUACAGAUUGCUGGACCUUACCCCCUUGGGUAGACAAGAUAAAGAGGUUGGUGGUUGGAAGCUCCAUGACGAGUACACCGAAGAGGAGAAGAAGGAAGGCGCAGUGUAG